CCACUAACCACCACCACCACCAGUAUUCGCUCUCUCUCUCUCUUCUCCACAUCACUCACCUGCUCCAAGAAAUAUCGUCGUCCCCCUCGAAAUAUUCCCAGAAAAUUUUUCCUCUGGGGUGUGAUAUCGGACCUGACCCACCCCUUCCUCAAGGUUCCUCGAGGGAUCCUAAGGCUAACAAAGUUGGUGGUUGCCAUCCAAAAGCUUGACGUUGCUUCUGAUAGCCCGCUCCGCUCAAACAAAGUCAAUCUCAUCUCCGAAAUCGGAUAACUGACAUUUUCUCCAGAAAUUUGAUGUCAUUUAAUUAAUCAUUUAGACGAGAGUAGAUCUAGGAUAGGAUAUAUUGUGUCUAGGUGGUUAGUUGUGGUGUGAACUCGGGAUCAAGAUUGAAUGUAUUUAUAUCACUGUAUGGAACACUACCGUUUUUUGCAUAGCCAAAAUGCCGUUAUAUAAGAGACGCCCAUUUGAAGCGAAACCGAUUCCACAGGAUUUGAAGGACGACGAGGAAGUAUAUUAUCUUAAAUUAACCAAUGAAAUAUUUCGGGACUACGAUGAAUAUUACGCUCGUGUCAUCCUCUGCAAUUCCAUGGUGUGGUCAUGUUCCCUCACAGGAAAGGCAAACUUGACGUUCCAAGAAGCAUUGGAUAGUGAAAAAUCAUCCAAGAAGGUCCUUAAGGGGUUUUCCAAACCGUUGAAGAAAGCAAUUCUUUAUUGCUCAACGCUAACAUCCAGAUCCAAACUUCCAGAUGUUGUUGACGAUGUACUGGUCUACGCUAGGGAUCGUUAUUUUAAAGGAGAAGAAGUUUUGUCUGUCAUAGGAAAUCUUUGGUGUCCUUCUCGCGUUGUCAAUGUAAUAGAACCUACUCCCCUGGAAAUUGAGAAUUAUAUGAAAGAACAAAUUGAAAAGGGAGAGGCAGAAAAUAACGACUAUUUAAAGGAUGAUACGUGGGGCCCAUCGCCUGAUUUAUUCCGUUACGAAGUAGUAGAAGUUGAUUCAGAUGAGCUAGCUUCCCCAACAGCAUACGUAUUGGAUUCGAUUGAUGUCAAAAGAGAAAAAGCAGCUCUGACUCGAGACAAGUGCAAAUUUUUGCUUAAACUUGCAAUGGACUUUAACGAACAGAAACGUAAAUUUGUCGUUAAGGAUGGAAUUCUAAGUUCGUACGGACUGAACAAACUAAAAUUUACUGAUAUUUUCGCUGAGAAACCUCCAAUCUUUGAAUCUUCUCUGGCGCCUUUGAAAUCAUCAGCAAUCAAGACUUCUACGACGGCCAAAGGGGCUGAUAAGUCUAAAGGAGGCAAAUCCAGCACAACUACUACUCCCAAGAGUAGUCCAAAAGCAAAAAACAAAACCGAAAAAACCUCCCCACCUGCAGGCGGCAAGAAAUCUUCUGGUAAUACUGAAAAGAAACCAAAAAAAGAGAAAAUGGAGCGCAAAUUGACUCCAGAAGAACUAAAGCAGUUGGAGAUUGAACGGAAGGCACAGGAGAAAGAAAAAAUUAAAGCACAGCGGAAAAUGGUUGCAGAUUUCAAGAAACUUUGGUUUAAGCCCAAGGAAGACUUAGAAGUUGAAGAUCUGAAAGAUUUGCCGACGCCUGACCCGAUUUCAUUCAAGAUUCCAAACGAUUUAUUUGGUGAUUUCAUGAUGGUGAUGGAAUUCAUGAGUUCCUAUUCUGCGUUCCUGAAAGUUAGAGAUUGCUUUCCAAGCGGGUUGACGUUGGACGCAUUAGAACGCGCUUUGAGCAAAAGUGAAAUUGCUGGACCAUUCAGCGACAUUUUGCAACUUUUACUACGUUCUGUAUUCCGCCUUCAAGAAGGCGAACAAAUGGAAUUUGCAAAAGAAGACAGUGGAAAAGUCGGCCUUCAUGUUAAGGAUGGUCUCAGCAUCGGAGAAGCAAUCCAACAGGCAACGUGUGCUGCAUCCUGGUCCCACAUGUAUCAAAAUACCCCACUGCAUAAACUGGGAGUGGACCACUCCUCGAUUACAGAGGUCCUCCGCCUUCAUUUGCUGUCUUCUGGUGCAAAACAGUCUCAGCAGAGCAGAGGAAGUUGUGUUGAAAAUGACGACCCUGGUCUUUAUAUUACAACAUAUGAACCUCAAAUUCUAAAAUGCUUGACCACUGGGACUGUUUUUGACUUAUCCCUAUCUGACAAGUUGAAGGUUAUUCAGUGUCUCAUUCAUCAAAUCUUAUCAUAUUCGGCUGUGAAGGACAUUAUGGAUGAAAGUUUUGAGCUGUUUCGACAAGCACGAGUGAACUAUAGGACACUGGUCGCGGCUGAGAGACGAAAGGAAGCGGAGGAUCAUUUGUGGAGACAACGAUUAAAAUUGGAUCGAAUAAUUCCUGAUAUCAAUGCACUAAAAGUAAUCGUUGGAGCUGAAGAAAGCGGGGACGAAGAGGGUACAGGAAAAUCAUCUUCAAAGAAAGAAAAGGCAAAAGCAUUACCACCUCCGCCGUCCGACAAACCUCAACUAACUGAUGAGCAAAUUGAAUCAGCAUUGACUAAAAAGGACAAAGAGAUUGCCAAAAGGAAGCAAGAAUUUGCCUGGCAAGAGGCCGAAUUAUUGGACCAAAUAAACAAACAUGAGCGAAAACUAGGAGCUCAUCCCCUAGGAAGAGAUAGAGCAUACCGACGAUACUGGUUAUUCCCCACAAUUGCUGGUUUAUUUGUUGAAGACGACGAUGCGUUUAUUGGCACAUGUUUACCCUAUCCGACACCUUACAUUGGGGAAGUUAACUUGAAUGACAUUACAUUUAUUCAAGAGAAUUUUGAUAAGCUAAAACAAGUCGACAAAGAAGGAAGUGACAAAGAAAAUUCUUCUCUAGCUUCUCCAAAGAAAUUGUCAAAGAAAAAGGCUGCUUCAAAUAUUACCCCUGUCAAAAAAGAAGCCAUUCGUCCGUCUAUUUUUGGAAUCUGUACCGGUGAAAAGGACUCGUGUCCUGUGCAUUCUCAUCAAUUGUCGAGACCAAAAUGGUCCUUCUUUUGGGAUCCAGAACAAUUAGAUGCUCUUAUUGCUGGACUCUCGCCGAGAGGAAAACGAGAAAAGGAAUUACGGCAAUGUCUGGAAGAUGCGAAAGAUAAUAUAAAAGGGCUUAUUAAGAAAUGUCCGGUCGUUAAGCUGAACAAGGAUAAAAAGUAUCCUGAAAAUAUAUCUGCCGCUCCUGAUCGUCGACCACAGCGUGGAGGAACAAGUUCCAAGAACCAGUCUGAUCCUAACCUUGGGUUUCCUGCUGGAACAUCUGUAACCAAAAUAAUGGACUUGCAUUUGAGAGAUUUGAUUUUGGAGUUUGAAGAAAAGAUUUUUUUGGGUGGUCUUGGAUCUUUGAAGGUAACUGAUCGAAAUGAUUGGAGAACUGCAAUUGAAGGGUCUAGUUAUCAAGCAGGAACAGAAAUAUUGCAUUGGGGUGGAAAUCACUCCUUGCAGAUGGAUGACGAAUCUGUUGAUGGACAAGAUUCUCCAGCAGAACAAAAUGCUGAAACUUCUGAAAAAAUUGUUAAAAGAUUGGGCUGUGCCAUCCUUCAAAUUCAACAAGCGGUAGAACAAAAGUUCAUGAAACGUCCCUUAGUAGAGAGAGAUGAUGAGAAGAAAAAGAAAAAAUCUCCAGUAGAAUCUGAUUCAACAUGGAAAACCUUACUAAACAUUGUAAAUACUCCGGUGGACAGAUGGCAGAUUGCUUUAAUGAAGUGCACAAGCUUCUCACAAUUAUUUGUCCAUUUCUACACACUGGAAUCGAGUGUUGAAUGGUCCCGAUCAGUAUUAAAUGCACGAUGUCGAGUUUGUCGAAGAAAAGGUGACCAUGAAAAAAUGUUACUAUGUGAUACAUGUAACAAGGGUCAUCAUAUUUAUUGUUUAAAACCACCGAUGGAGACUCUACCCAAGGGAGACUGGUUCUGUGUUGAUUGCAGACCAGAUGAACCUUUGCCAACUCCCAGCAAGAAGCGACCAUUGACAGAAGAAGAUAUUAUUGACGAGUUGGAUAGUGGCGAUGAUGAGGAUGACGAUGAAGUUGUACAGCGGGGAUCAAAGAAAAGAGGUUUAGAGGAGGUCAAUGAAGAUCCAGAAGCUUGCAAUGUGUGUGGAUAUGGCGGAGAAGUUAUCUGCUGCGAUAGUUGCCCAUUAGUUUACCAUCUUCUUUGUCUUAAUCCUCCCAAGACUAGGGUACCACGUGGAACGUGGUAUUGCCCAGAAUGUACAAAUCCCAAAGCCAGGGCCAAGAACUCUCGAAAUUCUCGUGCUGCUAAGAGAAAACGGCCAGUCUCGGUUAAACGUAGGUUAAAGUACCAAGAAAGUGACGAGAGUGAAUCUGAAGAGGACAUGGACGAGUCGGAAGACCAGAAUCGUGCAAGUGAUGAGGAGGAGGCAGUUGUGAAAGUAAAAUUUGGACGUAACCAUCACCAGAAAAAGAAAAGCCCCGAUGGACCUGCACCAAAAGCUAGAAGAAUUCUGGAAAGUAGCGAGGAAGAAGAAGAAGAAGAGGAGGAGGAGGAAGCUACUAGUGAUCAAGAAGAACUGGGCCGUCCAGGAAAACGUCGAAGUGCGUCUGCUGCUGCUGCUAAGAUAUCUCAAGAAGCGAAACGAAUGCGUUGGGAUUCUAAGGAGAAUAAUGAAACAAGUGAGAGUUCUAGCGCUGAUUCGAAUUAUAAUGCUCGCAAAAGGUCUGUUGAUGAUGAUGAUGCCGAAGAGAUGGCAGACUGCCCAAAGCGAACUAGACUUCAACGAAUGAAUACCAACAACAGGGUAGAAAGUGGGGAGUUGGAUAAUGUUCUCCUGGAUAAGCUGAUUUCUGAGCUAAUCUCGCACAGGGACGCUUGGCCGUUUUUGAAGCCGGUGACAAAGAUGCAAGCACCAGAUUAUCAAGAAAUAGUUAAAUACCCGAUGGACUUGGGAACAAUUAAGUACAAGCUGAAUUCAAUGGUAUAUACUUGUAACGAAGAGUUAGUUUCAGAUCUUUUACUAGUGUUUACAAAUUGUUUCCUCUAUAAUGAUUCAAGCAACCAUGUCCAUCAGGUUGGCUUACGAUUGAAGGAGUACUGUGAAAAUCGGUGCAGCAAACUUGGAAUCAACUUUUCUGACCCCGUACCUUCUUCUUAAAAACCAACUACAAACGACAUGGAAUUCCGCUAUUAGCUCUUAUUAAUUUACAAUGAACUGUUAAUCUACAUAUACCAUAGAAUUAACUAUUUUAAUUUUGCAUAUGUAUACAGAGGUACAGUAUUUAUUCGCCUGAAUGGAAUAUAUAUAUUCUUCAGUUUUAUUCACGUAUAAAUUUUUUUGUCCUUUUAUAAGAUGAUCAAUCUCGAAUCUUAACGCAACAAAUAUUCAUGCAACUCGACAAAACAAAUAAUUACUAAAUGAUUCAAGUAGUACUCAUUGGUUCUGCAACGCCCUUAUCCUGGUUUUAAAUCAAAUACUGUAUCACGAUCUUACUUGACUGUUGACAAAAUAAAGGAUACAGCCAACCAAAUUGA